AUAUGUCAAUAAGUCAAUAUAUGAGAAUAGUAUCAGUACAGAUAGAUGUAAAUAAAUAUAGUUAAAUACAAUUAAAUAGUUAAUUAAAUAGGUAUAAAUCUAAUAAACUCUAUAAAAAUAUAUCUUGUAUAUAAGCAAAGGUCAGAACUUAAUUAAUAUAGAGAUUUACAAUUCUUAUUAAUAACAGUAUUAUUAUGCAGAGGAUCAAAAUGUUAUAAAAAGAAUUUUCAGAAGAAAAGGGAAAAAGGGGGGGGAAAUAUCCAAAUUUCAGUUGGGGACAAGCAAUGUUUUUCCAAAAGGGUGAUAUUCUUUCUCACUCAGCCACUGGUCUCCUCCAAUCCUUUCUUCUUCCCACAUUUACUUUGCCACUGUCAAAACUCUAUGGUAAGCCUCGAAGCUAGAUUGUCUCUAGCCUGUCCUUUUCAGUUUGCUCUGUCAGGCUUCUUCAAUGGCUGCACUUCCUGUUCUCUGGCAUAAUUGGAUAGAGUCCAAUCUCCGACUUAGUUCACCUUUCUGCUUUCACCAGCAAAUGGAAAAAAGAGUUCUUCUGGAUUCUUUUAGUUUCCUUGCUCCCUAUGCCCACCGAUCCUCUUCUUGCGCAGGCAAUUUAGCGUCCUCAGUUUCUUGUUCUCUGCGCCAGCUUGUCGAGCUCCGUGGUCGUUCAGACUAUUCUCCGAUCUCCGGCGCCGCUCUUUUCCAUUUGAGCCCUUCUCGCCCGACUCCGCCGACCCCUUCCUGAUGUUCAAUCUCACGUACGCAGGGAGGACACGUUUCAAUCUCGGCACUGCAGCCUCCGAUCUUCCUUGCUUCCCGUCUAGUUGUCGGCUACCACAGCUUCAGGUCAGCCAUUGAAAGGCUGACUUCACACGCGCCAGUUUGACAGAGCUGCCCGGUUUUGCGAGAAGUGUUUGCGCUUCACUUUCUCGCUCACCCAGCUCUCUCUAUUGUCCGCGGGGCUCUCCAGGACCCGCGCCCCCGAAGGGAUCCCCAAAACGCGGUGACAAACGGUGUUGAGGAGUGGCGAUCACUCACUCAGCACCAUGUCGCUGCAGCUCGCCAACCGGAAGUCUACAAUAUCUUUUCCUAUCCAGUCAUUAAGCAAGUCACUAAGCAAGUCAUUAAGCGACUUAAAGUGAGUUUCCUUCAGGGGAGGGAACAAUAUCUGUUUUCUCCCAUCUUCUGGGACCUUACCAGCCCUCCGGGAGUUCUCAAAGAUAACCAAAAGCUCACCUUUGCUUAUUUUUUCCAGUAUCCCUCUGGCCUGGGGCAUUUCUGUUAGUUAACUGCUCUUUACUCUCUCCUGAUCCAACCAACACCUGCCACGUCCUCCUUCCACUAGUGGGACAACCAUGGAGAGCCGGAGUUUCAUUUCCUUCCUAAGAAAUGUAAACUAUGAAUUGAAACUUUCCGCCUUUUCACCUUUAUAAGCUUUUUGCCCCUUUCCUUUUCACCUUUCUCUUCGUAACGGUCUGACAGCCCCUUUGCAUGUCUGACAUACGCCAAAAUUUCCUUUUAUUUUCCCCUUGGAUUGAAUAUUUCUUGCCUCGGCUCAUUCUGUGUAUCAGCCUUUUGGACAGUUCCUGAAGUUUCUGAGAAACUGGGAAACUUAGCCACGACAAAAUCAAGGCAUUCUCUCUGAUAAACAGAACAGAAUCCUUUUUUUGGUCAAGUGUGAUUAGACACACAAGGAAUUUGUCUCCAGUGCAUAAGUUCUGUGUACAUGCAAAAUGACAAAAUAAUCAUAAUCGUAACAACAAAGUAAUAGUAUUCAUAAUAAUGAUACCAAUAAGAGAAGAAAGUGGAACAUAUGAGAAGGAUAAUAGUAAUACAGACAUACUACAUGGGUAAAUAUAAGCCAGUACUGUGGAAAUUAGGUGUUCAACGAGACAAAAGAAAAAAAGAUUAUGGAAAAUUCCAAAUAGCCCUGGAUGAAAUCGUAUCCUCUUAGGACAGAAGGACCUGGUUCUAUCAACACUCUAAAAUCAUCGGAAAUUCUGCAUAGGUGACCAAUGUGCUGUACUUACUCUUGUCUGAUUUUGAGGCCUUGGGCUUCCUCUAGGUUGAUGAGAUGGCGGGCUGCUUGGUCCUCUGCUUUGAGUUGGAAAAUAGUCCUUUCCCUGAAAUACACGUCUCUGCUGAUUCCCAAGAGGCCUGCACCUGGAGGCCCAUAAGCCCUGCCUCCUGACUUGCCACCACUGCUAACCUCUAACUUUUCUUGGCCAAGACGCAGAAGAAGCCAGUGAACCAGUCCUAAUAGGAAGAAGAAAAGGAUGCGGCUGGCCCAGAUGGCUGUGGUGCUGCUUCUCCUUCAGCACAGUAAGUUGCCUUUGUAAUCUGGCUCUACAUUUUGAGGGCAUGUUCUAUCCAGCAUGUUCAGCACUUGUGUUAUCCAGCAUGACCUAGAGUUAUAAAAGCCUGCCUGGACAACCCCCAUUGCCCAAGGAGUCUGGGAUACCCAGUUUCAUUUAUCAGAGCCACACGGUUCUCCCUGCCAGCUGAGCACAAAUUGAAAACCCAGAGCUGCCCUUCAGGGUAAUACUUAUAUCCAGGACAUAAGUCUACUUUUGGGGUGGAGGUCUAGAUUUUACACCCCCCCCCCAAUUUCUACAGCUGUCCAAAAUGUUUCUGCCUGACCUGCUCCGAAACGAGGUUUAAUGCACCUCAAUUGCUGCUGAUGAGUUUGAUCACAGUGGCCUAACACCCAAGCAAAAAACCAUUGCAGGAGGGCCAAUGUUCUCCCAUAUGGUGCUAGGAAUGACUCUCGCCUGUCAAGCCAACCGUCACAUAGGAAGCCUUGCCUUGGGAAGUGGCUCGGUUGCCAUGGGACUCCUCAGAGAUAACCAGAGAGAUGCGGUCCUGGCCGCCCCGUGCACCAGCAGGAGCAAAGGCGAACCGAGGGUUAGUGGGUCAAAGGGACAAAUCUAGCUCUAUCCAAACAACCAGCAGCCCCGGCGUUUUGCUUUUCAGGCCCACCUGCUUCCUUCCACCCCGAAAAGCAUCCUGGCUGCACAGCACAGGGCCUGGCAGGGGACUUGCAUGCUGAGGUAUCUGUAAUGAAGCAGGUGGGGAAAACCUCUUCACCCAGUGCCUACAGAGGGUGGACAGAUGAACAAUUUUAUGUACUCGCAAGCAAAUCCCAUGCAGGUCAUAACCAAAGUGCUUCAAAUCACCCCUGCAUGUGUGUACGAGAAAAAUGAUGCUUGUAUCUUUGCUGGUUUGUGUAUCGUUGUCCCCAUUUAUCUCUUCUCCCUUCUGCUGCUUCCCUGUGCCUGGGAAGGAGGACCCACUAUUUGUAAAUGAAAAGCCUGGUGCAGAGAGACUCCGCGUGCCAGGAGCUCACCUGCUUCGCGGACUACAUCCAGCGGCUGGAAUGCACGUGGGGAGGCGGCCUCAGCCCAGCUCACAGGGCCCAGUACAAGCUCAGCGCAAAGUGGAACUGUGGCGACGGCGGGAGCUGCUCCUUCAACCUUACCGCUGGCAACACCACCCACGCAUGCUAUGCCUGCUUCUCUGAGCAGAAGCUCUGCUUUGCCACCAACGCCUUCGAGGUCAGCAUCGCCGCAACUCCUGCGGAGGAGCCUUCGCGGCUACCCCGAAGUUGCAAUAAGACGUUCCUGUUCCAGAACCACAUUAAGCCACAUCCGCCAAUCCACCUGGUCGCAGUUGCAUCAUCUGCUGGCUACACCCUUUCUUGGGAGACCAAAUACCUGGACCAAGAGUACCACUUACUGAGCGACAACCUGCAGUAUGAGUUGCGGUACAAGAAAAAAGACCAGCCUUGGCAGCGGCAGAGCCAGAAAUCCCUCCUGCAGGACCUACACAGCUUGCAGCUUCUGCCCCAGGAGUUGGAGCAGAAUACCGAGUACGAGUUCCAGGUGCGCUCAAAGCCGGCCUCUUCUUACCAGGGAACAUGGAGUGACUGGAGCCCCCUCGCCUCCCUUAAGACCACGCACAAGGCCUCGGAACAUGGUGCAGUCCAAUGGCUGAAGGUGUUUUUACUGGUGCUCAGCUUCAUUGUUGUCCUCAUGGCCUUCCUGGGGUGGCAUCAAAGGUUGUGGAAGAAGCUGGACUGUUUCACCCCCAGCCCAGCCCCCUUCUUCCAGCCCCUCUACCUGAGACACAAUGGAGACUUCAAGAAAUGGGUGGGUGCCCCUUGCUCUGGAACAACCCUCGAUGCCUUUGACUGGGGCAUAGUUGUGCCAGAGUUAUUUGGCAUUGGACACAAGAGCCUUCUCCUGAACUGUGCCAAGGGAGACUGGAAUGAUGACCUGAAUGGGCAGCCUCCAAUGUCUGCCCCGCUCCUGCCAGAACACUUGCAGGCCUUGGCCAAGGGCUGCAGGGCCACAUGGGAGCAGGGCUAUGGCCACCUCUCCAUUGGCACCGUCACGGUGGCGGAGGACUUUGCAACUCACUGUCCCCAGUGCAGCAGCGCCCACCCGUGCUGGGCCCUGGAGGAGGAGCUGCAGGAGGAGACGGAAACCAGCGAGAAGGAGGCCUAUCGUGGCCUGCAGUUUGACAGCAGCAGCAGCAGCAGCCUUGGUCUGGGCUCGGGCCGUUUGCUGCUGGGGAACGAGAUGCCCCUGCAGGACUCCUUUCCCUCUGGGCCGGCCUCCUGGACAAGCCACCCCCACUUUGGCUCUCUCCCAGCGGGCCCAGAGGGAUUCUUCAGUCUGCUGCCUGCCCCCUCGCUCCUCGGCACCUGCCUCUCUGCCCCAGCCCCAGAGGAAGGCCUCUACAGGGGAUCCCGCUCCCCCGACUGGGAGGGGGAAAGCGAUCACGUCAAUGGCCUGGAUCUGGACACCAUGGACAGCGGCUUCGCAGACUGCGAGUGCAGGAGCCCUGGCGAUGGGGAGCUGGCGGAAAUGCCGUCAGGUUGCAGUUGCCAGUCUGAGCCCGGCCCUGUUGUGGGGGAACCUGAAAAAGAGGAUUUUCUCCUGCCGAGAUAUGUCAAGCAGUGGAUUUAGUCCCACAGCACUGAGGGACUCAGGUGGGCUGGGCAGGGGCGGAGCACCGGCUCAGUCCAAGAGGAUCCCACAGGCCUCUGCCAGCCCUUGCAGGAUUCUUCUGCCCCAGAGGCUCCUGAUGCUGUCUCCCCUCCUUUGCCCCAUGCCAGAAGUGCCCAGCUUUCUUUUUGUGAAGAUGUGACGCUCUCCAAGCAAUGUGGGAAUGGAGGGCUUGGGGCAUCAAAGGCAAAUGGGAAGGCGAGUGGAGCUGAGCUCCAGGGAUCCCAGCCUGCACCCAAGUGAAUUGGGCUGGUUCUCCCUUAGUUUUUCUUCCGUCCUUUAGGCCAAGCUUCAGUUAGAGUGGCCUUUUGCUUCUGCACAAUGUUUAGUUGAUAAAAGAUGUUUAAAGAGUAAAACUGACCUACAACAAUUAGGGAUUCCCACCUGUGUGAAUGUCUUGGGAUUGAGGCUCGUGCCAUGGGAGAGGCUGGUCGGGAUUCCCUUCCUGUUUUCUUAAACCACUCAGAUGGACACCAACCAUCUACUGACUACAAAUAAAAGCUUCAAGAAUUGUU